GUUCAUGAUGGCGUGUUGCUGAACAACAUGUGAGUUAGGACUAGUUCAGCUCGGAGAUUUAAUUAACAGCGAAGAAGGAAGAGAAACAACAAACAUCAAAAUGGCAUCAGUGGAGGAGGACUUCCCUCGAGGAGGAACAGCCAAAAAACCCACUGAGAGUAAAAUAGUGGUGCAGCGGACAGAGGUGGACAACCUAUUUGAGUCAAAUGAGCAAAUUGAGACAAAGAAAAGGAAGGGGGCAGGUAACGAUGAUGGCAAGAAACUGAAGAAGCCAAAAACUGGCAAAGAAAAAGAAGAUGGUCUGACACUUAAUGCAGAUGCCAAAUGUGUGGAAAUUCUUCACAUCAAGAAUGUGAAAGAGGGUAUGCUAAUGCUGGGUUGCGUGAAAGAGGUAACAGACUUCGAGGUGACUGUCAGUCUGCCAUGUGGCCUUCAAGGUUUUCUCAGCAUCAAAAAUAUCAGUGAUUCAUACACCAAGCUGCUCAGUGAGCAACUGGAAUCAGAUGAUACAGAGGAGUUUUGCUCUUUGCCACAUCUCUUCUACCCUGGCAUGGUGCUCAGAUGUGUGGUGGCCAAACUGGAUGUAACCAAAGGAGGGUCUCUUAGUUUAAAGCUGUCAGUCAAUCCCAAGAUGGUCAACAAGGGUCUUUCCCCCAAUGCUCUAAAAACUGGCAUGGUUUUGACUGGAUGUGUGGAGAGUGUGGAGGAUUAUGGCUACAUCAUUGACAUUGGUGUCACAGAAACUAAGGCUUUCCUCCCCAAAACAGCUGUAAAAGACAAACCCAACAAUCCUGGCGAGCUGAAAGUUGGUCAGUAUGUCAUCUCAUAUGUGGAAGAAGUGAAAAAUAAUGGGCGUGUGGUGCGUCUGUCUAUUGGCGCCCAGACGAUCGCCCAGGCCUUGGCUGAAUCCAAGCAGGGCUGGACCCUCAGUAACCUUCUACCUGGUCUUCUGAUGAAAGCUACUAUCAAAAAGGUGACCAAACAUGGCCUCCUGCUGGACUUCUUGUCAGGGUUCAGUGGUCAGGUGGACUGUCUCCACAUGGAGCCGGAACAGGCAUCCAGCUACUCAGAAGGAGACGAGAUGCGAGCCUCCGUGCUGUACGUUGAUCCAACAACUCGUCUGGUGGGGAUGAGCUUACGCAGCCACCUCCUCACCCCCGGGAGCAGAGUUGACCUGCCUCCUGUGGACCGCAUUGGCGAGGUGGUCAAAGGCUGCAAGAUGACAUCUCUCCACCACAUGUCUGGAGCCGUCUUAGAACUGCCUGACAAGACUGCAGCUUUUGUUCAUAGGAACAACUUGAAGGAGCCUUCUGUGGCAGCUAAUGAGAAUAAAGUGCUGGCCAAGCUGGAGCACACCUGCAGGAUUGUGGACUUUAGCCUCAUAGACCAAAUUCAUUUUGCUACUUUACGGAGCAGCGUGAUUGAGAAGCCUUUUUUUAGAUACCAGGACAUCCGAGCAGGUCAAGUUGUAGAGGGGAAGGUGUCAGUCCUGCUGGACCAUGGGAUGGUGGUGCACAUCUCUGACCACAUUAAAGGCCUGGUGCCUCGGACCCACCUGUCUGACAUUGUCCUUAAGAACCCAGAGAAGAAGUAUAUGGAGGGCAUGAAGGUUAAAUGCCGGGUGUUGUCUGUAGAUGCAGAGAAUAAGAAGCUGUGUCUGACAAGAAAGAAGGCCAUGGUCGAGAGCUCCCUGCCGUUGUUCUUCAGCUACUUAGAUGCCCGUCCUGGACGCGUGUCUCACGGCUACAUCGUCUGCAUCAAAAGCUUUGGCUGCAUUGUCCGUUUUUACAACAACGUCAAGGGCCUGGUGUCGCUUGGCGAGCUUAGCUUUGAGCCGAUCGUUAGUCCUGAGGAUGUCUUCUACAUUGGGCAGGUGUUAAAGGUGAAGGUUCUUCAGUGUGACCCAGAGAGGGAGAAGCUGCUUCUGUCAUUUAAGGCUGCAUUGGAAGGGGAUUCAGAGAAACCUCCCAGGCCUCAGUCUGAGUGUGAGGUUGGAGAGAAAGUAGAGGCCAGGGUGCUGAAAAAGGUAGUCACUGGUCUCGAAGUGGCCAUUCUCCCUGAUGAGACCCGUGCCGUUUUACCCACGAUGCACCUCUCUGACCACCUCUCCAAUUGCCCUCUGCUGUGGGAGAACCUGCAAGUGGGAGACAACAUCUCAAACCUUGUGUGCUUCAACAAUAACAAACAGAAUAUUAAUCUGACCAAGAAACCAACAGUGAGAUGGUCACUGGAGGAAGGUGUGGUCGCCAAGGAUUUCUCUGAGAUCACAGUUGGAAUGCAGCUGAUUGGCUGGAUCAGGAACAUCAUGUCCUACGGUGUCUUUGUCGAGUUCCCCUAUGGCCUUGUCGGACUUGCUCCCAAAUCUGCUAUGACAGACAAGUUCAUCACUGAUCCAACGGUAGCCUUCCAGCUGGGCCAGACGGUGAUGGCCAAGGUUACCAACCUGGAUGAGGAGAAGCGGCGGUUCCUGGUUACACUGAAGAUUUCUGAGGUCAUAUCCCCUGUUGGGGAUGUUCAGACCAGGCUCAUUAAUGGUCUGCAGGAGAGAAGGGCUGUGACUAAAAUGUUAUCAAUGCGAGAUGACAGCGAUCUCCGUAGGCAGUUGUUUGCUCUGUGUGUUGGCCAGAAGCUGAAGUUGACUGUGGAUACUGUGGACAACGGUGCCACCUUUAAAUCGGAUGAUUUGGUUGGUGCUACCAUUCUGGCCAACAAACAACAUAUCACAGGUACUAACUUGAUGGGUGGACAAAAAGUCACAGCAGUUAUCCUCCAUGUUGACAUCCAGUCCACAUGGGUCCAUGUGUCCAUCCUUCCCAAGCUGGUGGCAAAGAAGAAAUCAUUAAAUGAAGGCUCAAAGUACACAGCAACAGUGCAGCACUUAGACGAAGACUUCGCUGUCAUUUCAUUGGAGGACACUGCUCAGCUGACUCUGAUUCAGACCCGCAGCCACAUGAAUGAUGUGUUCCUGUCAGAUUCUGAGAAGAUGAAGACAGGCAAGUGUUUGACUGCAGAGGUUAUAGAAACCAGUUGUGAGGAACUUCAAGGGCUCCCCCUGGUGUCAUGGGAGCGAACUGCACCAAAACGACAGCGUAUGACCUCAGAAAACCAAUUGGGCUCUAAAGGCAGCUGCUUUGGUGAAAUUGUGCACGGUAAAGUGCGAUCAGUGAAGCCCACAUGCAUUCAGGUGGUGCUAGAUGCUGGGGGCAUGGGCAGCGUGCACGUAUCCGAGGUGCUCGAGCUCGCAGACGUGCACCCCGGAUCGUUCCCCACAUCGUCUGUAAAAGUUGGCAGCGUGGUCACAGCCAGGGUCAUCGGCGGACGAGAAGCCUCCAGUCACAGAUUUUUGCCAUUUUCCCAUCCCAAGUUUACAUACACUCUACCUGAGCUCACACUUAUACCAAGCAAACUGGACCAAAGUGCUGAUUUAAAAUCAGUUUCUGCAAAAGAAAAACUUAGGCGCUAUGAGGCUGGGGAAGAAAUUACCUGUUUCGUGUCCAAGUUUCAUUCAGACAGGAAGUCUUUGGAGGUCACCACAGAUCCUGGUGUCACUGGGACGGUUGAACUUCUCGCCAUGAUCACAGACCCUAAAGAUGCCACUCACCCUGAGAAAAUGUAUAAACUGGGCCAAGCCAUCCGUGCCAAAGUGGUUGAAGUGAGCACUAAACCUCAUCGAUUUAUACUGUCGCUCACAGAUACCUGUAAACUGGAGACAGGCAGUGUGACUUUGGGGAUGGUGACGAGUGUUCAGCCACAAGUCGGUCUACAUGUCAAACUUCCUUUUGGUGGUACAGGGACUGUUGCUGUCACUGACUUGGCUGAUGCGUACAAGCCAAACCCUCUGGGGCCAUACAGUAAGGAUCAGCUGCUCAGGUGUUGCCUCCUGGGGAAUGAAAAUGGAAAAUGGCACUUGUCCCUACGUCCAUCAAGGCUUAACCCACAGCAGGCCAAGCCAGCGAAGGACGAAGAAGUUUUGUCGGUUGAAAAUCUGAAGGCUGGUCAGACCGUAAGGGGCUAUGUCAAGUCUGUGAGCGAACAGGGGGUCUUCAUUAGAUUAUCUCGGACAAUCACAGGAAGAGCCCAGCUUCAGAAGUCCUCCAAGUACUUCGUAGCAAACCACAAAGUCCUGGUGGAGCACCUGCCUCCCAACACCCUGCUCACCACCAAGAUCCUCAGUAUUGACACCACGGAGCAGUUAGUCGACCUCUCCCUGCUCCCAGAGGACACUGGGAAGUCAGACGUCCUUCCUGAAUCUCUCAACCUGCCACUGCGUCUAACAGGAGAGGAGAAGAAGAAACAUGAUGCUGAAAAGAAAAAGCGCAAGCCCUCUGAGAGCCAACAGAAAGAGGCAGAGUUGCAGGUCCUGAAGAAGAAGAAGAAAACAAAGAAAGCAAAGUCUGAUGGCAAUGAUAGUGGAGUGGAGGUGUACUUCAGAGAAGAGGAAGAUGAUGAAGAGCCAAAACUUGCUCCUGUAAAGCAGGUCACACCCAGCUCAGCAGCACCAUCCAGAUUGCAGGUGGCGGGAGGUUUCUCCUGGGACGUGGGGUUGAGUUCACUCAAACCUGCUUCUGCAGUGCAGGAUGGGGGUUCUAGUGAUGUAGAGGAACAAGAAGUGAGCAACAAGCCCCAGAAGAAGUCUCGCCAUGAGCUGGAGCAGGAGAAAAAAGCGGCAGAGAAGGCUCUGGUCCAGCGGGAGGCUGAGCUGAUGGAUCCAAACCUGAAGCCUCAAGAUGCAGCUGCCUUUGAGCGGCUGCUUCUGGCCUCUCCAAACAGCUCGCUGCUUUGGCUACAGUACAUGGCACACCAUCUGCAGGCAACCCAGAUCGAACAGGCCCGAGCUGUAGCCGAGAGGGCCCUCAAGACCAUCUCCUUCAGGGAGGAGCAGGAGAAGCUGAAUGUGUGGGUGGCCCUGCUCAACCUGGAGAACAUGUACGGCACAGAGGAGAGCCUAAAGAAAGUGUUUGAGCGAGCGCUGCAGUUCUGCGAACCCAUGCCCGUGUACCAGCAGCUGGCUGACAUCUACGCCAAGUCAGAUAAGAUCAAGGAGGCGGAGGGUCUGUAUAAGACGAUGGUGAAGCGUUUCCGUCAGAAUAAGGCGGUGUGGCUCAGUUACGGGACCUUCCUGCUCCAGCAGGGUCAGAGUGAUGCUGCCAGCGCUCUCCUGCAGAGGGCACUGAAGAGUCUGCCUUCCAAAGAGAGUGUAGAUAUGAUUGCCAAGUUUGCUCAGCUGGAGUUCCGUUACGGCGAUGCAGAGAAAGGUCGCACCAUGUUUGACAAAGUCCUGACCAGCUAUCCAAAACGCACUGACCUCUGGUCUGUCUUCAUCGACCUCAUGGUCAAACACGGAUCACAGAACGAUGUCAGGGCGCUCUUUGAUCGUGUGAUCCACCUGAGUGUUUCAGUGAAGAAGAUCAAGUUCUUCUUUAAGCGCUACCUGGACUAUGAGAAGAAGCAUGGCACCCAUCAGAGCAUCCAGGCUGUGAAGGAGAAGGCCAUGGAGUUUGUGGAGGCUAAAGGCACGGAGGCUGCAAGCUAAGGACCCAAUACACACAGUCAUACAGACUUGAGAGUGUGGAUGGACGGAAAUGUACAAAAUAAGAUUUCUCCUUAAAAUAUUCACCUUUUGAAGGUUGUACAUUUUAUCAUUGUGGACUGGGGACUGUUGAAACUGAACGUCUGAACUCAACACUGCAGAUUACACUAUUCUAAAGUGUGCCGUAAACAUCUGUUAAUGUAGUUUUUUACCAUUUCAGCUUUAGUCAGUUUUGUAUGAAAUUUAAAAUGAGCUCUCGAGUGAUUUUCAAACGGGAAAACUGUUUGUUGCUGCAUUUUUAAAAAGGAGUUAUAAUGUGAUUGUCUGGUUUCAAUAAAUCCAACACCAUUACAA